GGGAAGGAGAGGGACCAAAGGGUAAGCAGGAAGGGGACACUUGGCAGCAGGCUUGUGGUACGGUUUCAGCAGGCUCCGACCACAGACUGUUUUCUUUGCAGAAAUCUAUGGAGGAUCUGGAGAGGGUGGAAGUGUGCCAUGCAUAUAAAACUCCAGCUGGAAACUCACAGUAGUUCCCAAACAAACCCAGAGAAGGAGAGGCUGGAACUGCUGUGGAAUAAGGGACUGUAAUCAACUUUCCUUCUAAGGAAAGCCGGGAACCUUCUCCCUUUGCUUCGUGAAAACUAAGCUGAAUCUUUUGCCAAACGCCUAUAAAUGAGACAAAAUGGCCCAUGAUUUGACUUCAGCUGCAUUUCUCUCCCAGCCAGUUCUCUCCUCUGCAGCUGAUUGGCUCUGGAGUGUGGCCAGAACUCCACCUCCUGCAAUAAAGGAGUCCAGGGCUAACUGGUCUUUCUCUUCUGAAUAAUGGCGCUUACCGUCUCUAUCCUCAGGCUGUUCGUCUGCAUCCUGGCAUUUCCCAUGUUCCUGCUGAACUUUCUAGGCUUGUGGAACCAGAUAUGCAAAAAAUGGUUCCCCUACUUCAUGCUGAGGUGCUCCGUGAUGUACAACCAGCAGAUGGCCAGCAAGAAGCGGGAGCUCUUCAGCAACCUGCAGGACUUCGUGGGCCCCUCCGGGAAACUCUCCCUGCUGGAGAUAGGCUGCGGCACCGGGGCCAACUUCAAGUUCUACCCACCCGGAUGCAGCGUGACUUGUAGUGACCCCAACCCCAACUUUGAGAAGUUCUUGAUCAAGAGCGUGGCGGAAAACCGACACCUGCAGUUCGAGCGCUUCGUGGUGGCUGCGGGGGAGAACAUGCCUCAGGUGGCCGAUGGCUCCAUGGACGUGGUGGUCUGCACCCUGGUGCUGUGCUCCGUGGAGAGCCAGGAGCGCAUCCUCCAGGAGGUGCGCAGAGUGCUGAGGCCGGUGAGUGAGGGGUUGUGA